AAGGACGGAGGGAAGUAGAGAGCGCGUGUCGACGCGUUGGUUGCUCAGCUGUUUUGAAGAGUCGACGACGCACGGCGGAGCGACUUGGCUUGGCCGUGACUCGGCGCGAGACCACUGCAUCCACGUCCAAACGCCAAACAGAUGUGGAGUGACUGUCCAGAUCUCUGACAUUGACGUAUCUCGGCCACGAGUGUCGUCGUCGCGCGAGGCGAGCACGCGUCGAGCAAUACACACAGACAUAUAUAUAUAAUAUAUAUACACACACACACACACACACCAUACAUUCGUCGUACCCUCUUUUGCGUGAACGCGCGGAGGCGCGACGGCGAGGAAGAGAGCCGCGCGUAGUCGAGAGCGGGCAGGAGGCCGCACCGAGAGUAGUAGCAACCGAGCCAGUUUCCGCGGGACGUGAAACAGAGCGGGGCCUCGCAGGAUAAAAGAGCGAUCGCCAUGAGCGAGCUGAGCCAGGAAGAGGUGAGUCGAAGGAAACGAAGUCGUGCGGCUUGUGUUCCCGCUCCUCCUCUCCCCUCCCAUCCUUCCUCUCUCCCCGCCGUCUCGUGGCCGUCGUCGCGUAUCCUCCCCGGAGCGGAAGUCCCCCGCGGCUGUCUCGUGUUGUCCUGCGCCCAAUAUUCUCAACACUUCCGCCACGACGUGUCCCCGUCAUCCGCGCGGUGGUAUUUACCUCGCUCCCUCGCGACGAAUCUCGCGAUUUGUUGUCGAACGAGGCCUCGCACGCUUUCGUUUUCACGAGAAUCUUCUUCGUCUACUUUCUCUCCUUUCCCUGAAAAAAGAAAAAUCCUAAAUUUCUACGUAUUUUCAUAUGUAUUUUUUUUUUAAUUUUUUUUUUCCAUUUCGAUACGAGUCGCGAAGGACAGGUCCAUUGUCCGCGCUCGCGGGAUCUCGAGGGAGGCUCUUCCUCGAAGUCGGUUUUUUCCUUGUUGCACACCGUUUUCUUUGUCGAUCGUAAAGCGAAACGACCCACACGUUCGCAAGAAAACCACUUACAUAAUGGACGCUAUGCAAAUCAAUCUUUUGCGCUUUAACGAAGAAAAAACUUUGCGCGACGUCUUGUCAACGUUUUUAUCCUAACGUUUAACGAGCGCUUUGCGGGAAAUGUUUGCUGCUUUAAUAAUUCCUCUGUUUUCUGUAAACGCGACUGAACGCGACGAUAGAAUUCCGUUUGGUUCCCAUCGAACGAGCGCUUUACAGGAACAAAUGUUUGCCCCUUGAUAAUUCCUCUGGUUUCUGUAAACGCGACAAUGAAAUUCCAUUUACUUCUCAUCGAACUUUGACCCUUUUCCUUUUGUCUACUUUGUCUCUAGUUUCUAGCGAGAUUACGGCAAUAGGAAUUUAUGCAAAUGAGGAGAAGGCGGUUAGCCCGCUUGGAGGGCUUCAACAAUAAUAACGCAACUGCCAGUUCGUCUAAUGCUAUUGCUCCAACUUCCCCGAGUACUCCUGAGCCAUCGAAAGCAUUUACAGGAACGAUAUCUCCGUCUAUUCAACAACAAUUCCAGCGCACCGAGAUACCAAUGGAAGUAGAAGAGAGCAACGACAAACAAUGUAAUAUUACUGAAAUGGAUAAUUCAGGAAUUGAAAGCAUGGAGGUUGACGAAUCGGAUAGGAAAGAUUCGAUACCAAGAUCACGCACGACCAGUUCUAGCAUAGAAGUUACAACCGAUCACAUACAUGUUGUCAUAUCACGUGUCUUGCGCAUAUCGUGGAAAAGCCCGGUCGAAGGAAGUGUAUUCUUACCGCAAACAGCAGCGUACACGCUGAAGCAGAGACAGGUGGACUUUAGUGAAAUUAUCAAUCAGGCCCUGAUGGAGGUCUUGUGCAUGUUCUCGAAAGGGGAGGAUCCCUUGAAGGAUAUUACGGUAGAAAUGUCGUCCGAUCGACAGGACAGUCCAAAUAACCAAGCGAGUCCCCUGCUAAGUCCUGUCGUGGCUCUUCCGUCGUACCAAUUGCCGACGAUGCCGUUGCCCAUAGGCAGCAAGUCGUCGCAACCGAAAAGUUUAACUUACUUGCUAGACUGUUACUCGAGAGUCGCAAUAGAGGAGAGAAAUCAUCCGAAGCGAUCCAGCGUACCACCGCUUUCCGACGUACUGACGGUUUUGAAAACGCAAUGUGUUCAGUACUCCAGCCUCGUUCUACAGGGAUUGGUUGGCAUUUGCGAAGCCACAAUUGUCCCUAUGUGCACCACGUAUCUUCUCUAUCCGAUAUUGUCGCAGAGCUUGCCACGGGGCUACCUUCACGAGCUCGUGGCUAGGACACACACGAAUUCGAGCACGUUCAACAAGAUAUUCACCCCGGUCUUGCAAGGCCUGUAUCUCUCGAUGCAACAGGCGAGCCUGGUCGGCAACACGCACAGAAGACCGAUCGAGGCGCUGGAGGAGCUGAUAGAAAUUCGCUGCGGUCCAAGUGGCAACAUACGUCCGAUAUGCCGUCUGAUUACGAAUCAAGUGCAAUUCUUGCCCGAUAUCAUGACGUCGGCCGCCGGCAGGGAGCUUACGAGGACCUCGUUUCUGGGACCGUUUCUGUCGGUGUCGGUAUUCGCUGAGGAACAACCGAAAGUGGCCGAGAAGUUUUUCAGCGGGAAUCCCGUCACGGACAAAUCCGUGAAUUUGUCGUUGCAGCAAGAGCUGGAAAGCACCAGAACCUCGCUGCACAAGAUGUUUCACGCGAUACUUGCGAACAGCAACUGCCGCGACGCCACUCUAACGUACUUAGCCGCGCUGUUGCGUCACAAUGAGAAACGCGCGCAGAUACAGACCGAGGAGUUCUCUCUCGCCGGGGACGGAUUUAUGCUGAAUCUACUGUCGGUCCUGCAAAUGCUCUCUGUGAAAAUCAAACUGGACACCGUGGACCCGCUGUAUCCGUUUCAUCCCUCCAGCUUCGUCGAGAUAAAGAACGACACAAGACUGAAACUCUCCUCGCACGAGGUCGCGGAAUGGCAGAAGCAUCUCGAGAAGACGCACAAGUGGACGGACUCGAAGUUUCCGACUCAGUGCUGGUUCUUGACGUUGCACUGCCAUCACAUCGCGCUGUUGCCGGCGUUGCAGAAGUAUCAGAGAAAAUUGCGGGCGUUGCGCGACUUGCAGAAGAUGCUCGACGAACUGCAAGCCACGGAGCCCCAGUGGAAGGACAGCCCCUUCGCGGAGCAUAACAGAGACUUAAUUAAGCAAUGGAAGCAACAAUUAAAGCGAUUGAUUAAAUCCAAAUCGUGCGCGGACGCGGGUCUGAUAGAUCCUGUCUUUUUACGAAGAUGCUUACACUUUUAUAUAUCCGUGGCCGAGAUUUUGCUGAGCCUGCUGACACAGACCGCACCGGGUAAUCCUCUCCCCAAACUACCGCUUCCUCAGGAGGUUACGUGCAAGUUUACCGCACUACCCGAAUGGUACGUGGAGGAUAUAGCGGAAUUCUUGUUGUUCACGCUCCAAUUCUGUCCUGGGGUAGUGGCAAGUAAUAUGGAUAACUCGCUUAUCACGUGGUUACUGGUCGUCGUGUGUACGCCGCAUUGUAUACGAAAUCCGUACCUAAUCGCAAAAAUCAUCGAGGUCCUCUUUGUGAUAAAUCCUAGUGUUCAGGGAAGAACGGAGACUCUCCAUGACAAAGUGAUGGCGCAUCCUAUAUCUAAGACACUUCUGGCGUCGUAUCUCAUGAAGUUUUACACCGACGUCGAAACCACCGGCUCCAGUUCCGAGUUUUACGACAAGUUUUCAAUACGCUAUCACAUAAGCUUGAUCUUAAAGUCGAUGUGGGACAGUCCAGUGCAUCGCGCGUCCAUCGUCAAUGAGAGCAAUAACGGCAAGCAAUUCGUCAAGUUCGUCAACAUGCUGAUGAACGACACCACCUUCCUGCUCGACGAGAGCUUGGAAUCGCUGAAGCGCAUACACGAGGUGCAGGAACUCAUGUCGGACACCAGCGCGUGGAGCGCGCUCACCCAGGAACAGCAGCAGUCGAGGACGAGGCAGUUGGCGGCGGACGAGAGGCAGGCCAGGUCCUAUCUUACACUAGCCAAGGAGACGGUUGCCAUGUUUCACUAUCUGACGGUCGACAUUAAGGAGCCGUUCCUACGACCGGAAUUAGUCGGGCGAUUGUGUGCCAUGCUGAAUUUCAAUUUGCAACAAUUGUGCGGACCUAAGUGCAAAAAUCUGAGAGUGAGAAAGCCGCAGAAGUACGGGUGGCAACCAAGAACGUUACUCAGCCAAUUGGUUGAUAUAUAUUUGCAUCUUGACUGUGAUAAUUUCGCGGCCGCUUUAGCCAGCGACGAACGUUCGUUCUGUAAGGAGUUAUUCACGGACGCUGCGAGCAGGCUAGAAAGAUCUGCGAUCAAAACUACCACGGAAAUCGAGAGAUUCAUAGCGCUCGCGGAGCGGGCGGCGAUAAUCGCGAGAGAUAAUCGCGCGCGCGACGCAGACUACGGUGACGCACCCGAGGAAUUCCGAGAUCCGUUGAUGGAUACUCUUAUGGAGGACCCAGUUAAGCUACCAUCCGGUAUCGUUAUGGACAAGGCAGUUAUCAUUAGACAUUUACUCAAUAGUGCCACGGAUCCUUUCAGUCGGCAGCCACUUAGCGAAGACAUGCUCACACCAAUGCUCGACUUGAAAGAAAGGAUAUCUGUGUGGAAGCAACAAAAGAAAAAAUCGACGAAUAUAUAAACGGUGCUAAUGUGAGACGAGAAUUCUGCAAGUAAAAAUAGGAAUAAAGAGCGAAUUUAGCAUUCAACAUAGAGAGAAAGAGAGAGAAAGAGAGAGAGAGAGAGAUUAGCAUACAAUUCAACAUAAUUGUCAAUAUUGCACGAUACAUUCUAUCAGGCAAAUGCAUCGAUCCAGUGCAGUUGAUGAUUAUAGUGCAAUGAUCUCGCUGUUGUGCAACAAUUGCGCUCAAUAAAUUUACAGUUUUUAUACAAUAAAACAUUAAUACAGACUGCAGCUAGCGAACUGCCAAUAUAUUGCUCCAAAUAAUAUACUUUAGAAAGUUGUAAAUAAUUGCUGGCUACAUGCCAGUAUCCAAAAUCACUAUUCAUAAAUAAGCUACAUUACUUUUUACGUCUUUCGAUGUAUGUGGCAGCGGGUGAGUUUCAAGCAUAUCCCGCGAAAAUAUAAUGUUAAAUAGUAUAAAACUAGUAAUAUAAAUGACUACCAUAUACUUCCAUAAACUCGACAUUUAAAAAUAAAAAAAAUGACGGCAUGAAAUCUGUGCAUAAGAUUUGUAAUUCAAUGAUUUUAGCAAGUGUUGCUUUUUAAAGUUUAUCGUAUAUAAAAUUGUGAUAUAUUAUUUGUCAAUCUUUAACAUGAGUUACAAAAUAUGGCAAUCAUUUAUCUUUAUAAUGGUCAAACACGUGGAUGAUUACUUUGCAUUCUUAUGCUAAAGAUACAGAAAUACAUUUUGAUCUAUAUUAUGUAUGAUAAUUCAAAUAUUAUUUUUUGCUUCAUUUUGUAAAGAAGAUAAAAUGUACCGUUUUUACAGAUGUACAUAUUUUUUUUACAGACAGAUGCUACAUCAAGUCUAUAUUUGAAACAUUUUGAAUUACACGUUUUGCUU